AUCAACAUCAGCACCAGCACCACCAGCAACAACAACAACAACAACAGCCGCAUCAGCAACUGCAGAUGCAACCGCAAACGCAUCCGUACAACCAUGUGCAACCACGAUCCCCUCAACCUUCUGGCUCGCCCACAUCAGACGACGGCUUCAAGCCUUCUUUGCCGUCAAUUUCGAAUCUGCUCAGCUUCGCAGAUCGACCUGCAACGGAUCGCACAGCACAGAGUCCUCAGGCAUCAUCUACACAACAACAACGGGAUCCGGCAGAGUCGCAGCCAGCGUCACCACGAUCGACGCAUUCCGCGGUGGUACAGAGUGUGCCAGCUGGUGUAUUUCCGGCCGCCGAAGCAACUUCCAGCCCACGCGAUGCGAUUCCGCCUCAACCAGUAAUGCGCACCGAAUCAGUCGUAGAUUCAACCAACAGUCCCUCUGCCAUGUCCACCAUGUCGGGCUCGCCGUACUUUGUCGGCAACACCAUCAGCACCGUGGACUCUACCGAUCAACGCAAUGCACAUCUGCACGAGAUUAAGCGGAGCUCUGUGCCCUCACAGCCUCAUGGGUCACCCUACGCCAACAGUCGCUACACGUCAUCUCCAUAUGCCGACUCAUCAAGUACGAUGCCGGCGCCCACGUACUACUCACCACAGCCGGGAACGUAUUCGAUUCCACAGGGACUGUACCAGCAGCGGCCCCUGCCCUCCAACUUCCCUCCCGCUCCACCGGAAGCACAAGUGCAGUCGUCGAUCGCCCUUCCGACGAGUAAUCCAUGGGAGCACCAUCACUACAUCAGUCCCUCAUCGUCGGCUACAUUUCCGCAGUCGCAGGAUCGCUACAUCUGCACCACGUGCAACAAAGCCUUCAGCAGGCCGUCGAGUCUGAAGAUCCACAGUCACAGCCACACAGGCGAGAAGCCGUUCCGAUGUCCUCACAAUGGCUGCGGGAAGGCCUUUUCAGUACGAAGUAACAUGAAACGACACGAGCGCGGCUGUCACAGUGGCAUGACCGGUCACGUCGCACACGCCCACAUGAUUUGACGUCGAGCAAUAUUGACUUUGAGGCUGCAUAUUUGACAUGCAUGUCAGAAGCGUGGAGUUCCUGGCGUUUUGCCCUCUCACAGGUAGAGGUGAUUGGUGGCACUGGCCAUUCACAUUGAUUGUACAGCGGGAAGGGACCAGGUUGCCCCUGGUCCAUGAUUUUCUGGAACAGACGGCCGAAGAUUUGACUACUGUCAACAUGGAAGCAGUCCAUUAACCACAAUGUGUACUACUAGUAUUAUAUUACUACCUACUGGUCCUACUCACCCUCUGCCCCCCUCCCCACCCUCAGCCAAGCCUGACCAACUGGGGGACUAGAUAGACGGCGCGGAAGGCCAAAUGAAAUUAGAGAACUUUUUAGUUCUACACGCCCGUCACCGCUUUUACUCCCAGACCAGAUCUGGUUCUUUUUCGGCACAUUUGGGCCCCACCCAGGCUGUGAACUAUAUGAACUUAUGAUUUCAUGAAGGAGGAGGAGGAGGAGGAGGAGGAGGAGCAACAGC